CCUCAUAUUAGUCGGUCCAUUAUUCAAAAAAAAAAGGUUUUACCAAGAAAAGGUUUCCAACUGUCACCAUGGGCAAAAAUCGGUCCAGGAGGAACAAAAUGGCUGCUAAGGCGCGAACCAACUUGGAAGGGAAAGAUAAGCUUUCAUCUCAGGAUCUCAGACACCAAAUAACUCUCUCCCAAUCCAGGCGUGAAACACAAGACAAAUCUUGUGAACAGAGUUUCCACUCUAAAGCCCCUAAGAGUUCUCAUCCAAAGGAUCCUCAAGCAGCAACAGGAAAAUUCGACGAGAACUCCCCCAUAGUACGAAAGUUAAUCGGAUGGCUCAACAAGGAAGGAGAGGCCCGGUCCCAAAGGACCGGGAGAGAAACGGGUCAAGAAGAGGAUGAGGAGGUGGAGAGUCAAGGGCGCAUAUCAGUACACAAGAGGAUGCGCAAAAAUGCGUCCCAAAGGUUGGGACCCAGAACUGAGGAAUCUGGAGAAAAUUCCGGGGGACACGGCAAUGAAGAUGCCGGAGACAUUCUCAAAUUGAGAAAAGAAAUGGAGGAACUAAAGAGGCAGGUUGACAAGGACGGGUCUUUUGGACCCACAGUAGAGAUAAUUUCUGCCAGAGUGAUGAAAGCUCAACUGCCCAGGGGUAUGAAAGCCCCUGAAAUCCGUUAUAAAGGAGUCACCGAUCCCAAUGAUCACUUGGCCGCGUACCAAACUCACAUGUUGAUGCACGCCGUGGAGGACGAGAUCCAAUGUCGCCUCUUCGUAGGAACCUUGGAGGGGCCGGCCGUAAAAUGGUUCCUCACCCUUCCUAACGGGACCAUUGAUUGCUUCAAAGAUCUUGCUCAACUUUUCCUCAACGCCUAUGGAGGAAGGUUCCAGCCAAAGAAGCACUUCACCCAUCUUUUCUCCCUAAAGCAAAAGGAGGGGGAGACCAACAGUGAAUUGGUACAAAGAUGGAAUGAAGCAAUCAAUGAGGUGGAGCCUACGGACGAUAAGACUUCCAUUGCUCUGUUCAUGAAUGUUCUCAGGUCGGGGGAAUUGUUCAGGAAGUUAGAUUACGAUACCCCUACUUCUUACAAGGCUAUGAUGGCUAGGGUUAACAAGUUCUGCGCCAGGGAAGAGUCGGAUCGCCUGAAAGGAAAGAGUGAGGGAGCCUUGCAUAAAGGUCCCGACAAAGAAAAGAAAGGAGAAAAGGCCAAGGCAACCACUCUCUCCAUCCCUACCCUCAAGUCACUGGCCGCACCGGUGGCAGAAAUUAAGAGCAAGGAGGAAGGUGGACAGAAGAGGAAACGUGGAGACCAAAAAAGGAGGCAGUGGCCCUAUGACCCAAAAAAAUAUUGCAACUUCCAUAGAAGGCUUGGACAUGCCACCGAAGAAUGCCAUUUCCUCAAAAAGAUGGAAGGAGAGAUGAAGGACAAGGAACCAAAUGCUAAUCGGGAGCCGAACCAAGGAGGUAAUGUUUGGCGUAGGGACGCCCAACCUCAACAACAAGUCCAGGAGAACCCGGAGGAAUUCCCCCAAGUAGGAGUCAUCUUUGGCGGUCCCGAAACAGGAGUCACAAGCAAGGAGAGGAAGGAAUGGGCUCGCAAGCUAUAUGUGGGGUCCAUUGACAUAGGCCAAGCUGCCAAGAGAGGAAGGAGGGAGCCCAUUGUCUUCUCAGAUGAAGAUUUACCACUCAUUCCUAGCCCUCAUCGGACUCCUCUGGUAAUUUCUAUGGCUAUUCAUAAAUUUUUUGUCAAAAGAAUAUUGGUGGACACUGGAAGCAGUGUCAAUGUGUUGUACUGGGAGGCGGCCCAGCAAUUGGGAAUCAGGAAGGAAGAUCUCACAAAGCUUAACAUGCCCUUGUCCGGUUUCACUGGAGGCAUAAUUGAACCGGAAGGGUCCAUUAAAUUGGACAUCAUCAUAGGCGAGCAUCCUAUGGUGAGGCAAAUGAGGAUGGAUUUUGUGAUGGUUGAUAUCAAAUGUGCUCACAAUGCCAUCUUAGGGAGGCCUGGGCUAGAGGACUUGGGAGGUGCACUAUCCCUUGAGCACCUGUGCCUCAAGUUUAGGACUCCCGAAGGUGUUGGGAGGGUCCUUGGUGAUCAGCUCGCAGCCAAGAAGGCCUAUCUAAGUGCUUGCAAGAGGAUAGACAAGGAGAACCUCAACAUCCAAACCAUUGGGCAAGUUUUGGAAGAUAAAGAAAGGAGAGAGGAGGACCGGGAGAGGCCCAAGCCAGCUGUGGACAUGGAAGAAGUGGUGCUAUUCCCGGAGGGAGAUCCGGAGAAGGUUGUGAGAAUUGGUUUAGGGCUAGAGGAGAAUACCCGUGAAGAGAUCAUCCGAGUAUUAAGAGAAAACUCGGUCCUCUUCGCAUGGGAAUCCAAGGAUAUGCCCGGAGUUGAUCCCUCGGUCAUUUGCCAUAAAUUGAACAUCAAGGUGGACUCCCUCUCGGUCAAGCAGAAGAAGAGAUAUCUGUCCACGAACAGAAAAGAAUUUGUGAGGAAGGAGAGGUUAACUCCCUAUUUCCAAGCUCACCCAGUGAGAAUCAUGACGGACCAGCCUUUGGGAGCGGUUUUGAGGGACCCAUCUUCUUCAGGAAGGGUCAUCAAGUGGGCUAUGGUCCUCUCCCAAUAUGAUAUUUCUUACCAGCCCCGUUCUAGCAAGAAGGGCCACGUAAUUGCCGAUUUUAUGGUGGAAUGUACAGCAAGAGGAAAGCCAGAAGAGGAUGGGACCGGUCAGGAGAGAGAAAAGGAAUUAUGGGAGAUUCAUUCAGAUGGAUCCUGCACCAAAGACGGUUCAGGAGGAGGAGCGGUCCUCACCUCCCCUGAAGGCUUCAAGGCUUAUCAUUCCUUUAAGUUCACAUUUCGGGCCACCAACAACGAGGCAGAAUAUGAGGCCCUCAUUGGAGGAAUCCAGAUUGCCUUGUUCAUGAAGAUAAAACACAUUCGCCUUAAAUCCGAUUCAAAACUGGCCAUCGGGCAGCUAAAAGGAGAGAUGGAGGCCAAGGAAGGAAGGUUGAAAAGAUACAGGGACUGCGCCAGGACUCUACUUGGACAAUUUGAAUAUUAUGAACUCAUAUAUGUUCCAAGGGAGGAGAAUGAAGAAGCGGAUAUGCUUGCCAAAUUAUGUAGGACCAUUCCCAUCCACAUGGAGAGUAUGGUAAGGCAGCACGAGAAGAUUUGUCCUGUUUGGGAAGAGGCGGUCCCUGUCCUUGAGAUAUCUGGUCCAGGUACAACUUGGAUGAGCCCCCUGAUCACAUACCUUGAAAAAGGAGAGCUCCCUAUUGACCCCAAGGAGGCCCGCAGAGUUCAAUUGAUGGCUCCCAUGUAUCAAUUGGAUGGAGUAAAAUUGUAUAAAAGGACCUUGGGUGGACCGAUGCUCAAAUGCUUGAGUGAGAGAGAAGCAAGAAGAAUAUUGGAAGAAGUACACCAAGGAGUCUGUUCUGCUCAUCAAGGUGCCCUUACUCUAGCAAGAAAGGUGAUACUCCAGGGGUUCUAUUGGCCCACUUUGAAGAAGGAUGCACUGGAAUUGGCGAUUGGGUUCUGCGUAAAAGGGAGAAGAGUCAGCCUACCAAAGGAGGGAAACUGGCCCGGAAUUGGGAAGGACCGUAUCGCGUGGAGAAAGUGGUGCGUGUCGGCACCUAUCAACUGGCCACUGCCGAGGGAAAGACAUUGGACAACUACUGGAACAUAGAGCAUUUGAAGAAAUUCUACCAGUAGGA